AUGCCCGGAACCACAUUCCCUCCAUUUCCAGAUGAUGUGGCUACCGUCCCGCUCUUGAUAAUUGACUACGAGCUCAUAAAGACUGGUAAUGUGAAGGAGAUUGACACAUUAUGGAAUGCUGCCACGCAGAUUGGCUUCUGGUACCUGAAGAACCACGGAGUCGAUGAAGAAGUGAACAAAAUGUUUGAUAUGGGCGUUGAGAUGAUGGACUUACCUCUAGAAGAGAAGAUCAAGUAUGAUAAAGGAGCCGAGACGGGGGUAUCAGCAGGGUACAAAGCACUAGGUGCAUCUGCGAUAGACGAGACAGGGGCUCGCGACCAUGCCGAAUUCCUGAACAUAGCACAAGACGAUGCCCUCUCUUAUCCCAUCCCAGCUCGACGUACUUACCCGGGCCCCGUCAACGCCCGUAUGGAAUCAACUAUUGUUCCUUUCAUCCGAAAGUCAGCCGAGAUCAAUCUCACGUUACUUGGAGUACUUAAUGAUAGACUCGGCCUACCGGAGGGUACCUUGGGGAAUAAACACCUUAUCGACCGGCCAAGCGGGAGCGAGGCGAGGUGUAUCAAGAGUCCACCAACUCAGGAGAUACUUUCUGAGAAGGCUUCGAUCGGUGCCCAUACCGAUUUUGGUUCGUUGUCCUUCCUGCACAACAGGCUCGGAGGGUUACAAGUACUACCACCCGGAACAAAUACCUGGAAAUACGUGAAGCUCAUCCCUGGUCAUGCAAUCUGUAACAUAGGGGACGCCCUCGCAAUCUUCAGCGCUGGCAUUCUACGCUCGAACGUCCACCGUGUCUUGCCUCCUCCUAAGAGGCAAGCUUCUUUUGACCGAUGGUCCCUCGUGUUUUUCACACGUCCAGAGAACUCCGUGAUCCUGGAACCCUUGACUGUUAGUCAGAUGGUCAAAGACGCGAAGGCAUCGGCCCCAGAGGGUAGAUAUGAUACUGGGACCUCAGCGGGAGAUUGGUUCAAGAGACGCGUUAUGAACCGGAGGAUCAAAAACCGCAAGGGACCGGAGACGUGGAAAGAGAGUCAAGGGACUGAGCAUACAGGAGGAUUGGUCUGA